AUGCUUUCCAUACUCCGCAAGGCUCGGCUGAAGGACAAGGAGAUGCGGAUUCUGAUGUUAGGACUGGAUAAUGCGGGAAAGACCACCAUAGUCAAAAAGAUAAUGAAUGAAGACGUUCAUACGGUUAGUCCAACACUAGGAUUCAUUAUCAAGACGAUCGACUUUCAAGGCUACAAGCUCAAUAUCUGGGACGUUGGGGGCCAAAAGACGAUCAGGUCGUAUUGGCGGAACUACUUCGAGAAGACUGAUGCUCUCAUCUGGGUGGUGGACGCGACUGACAGGCUACGAGUUGAGGACUGCAAGGCCGAGCUCAAAGGACUUCUAUUAGAGGAGCGCCUAGCAGGAGCGAGUCUGCUGGUAUUUCUGAACAAGACGGAUGUUGCUGGUGGUAUGAGCGAGCAAGAGGCUACACAGCUGCUCGACCUAAAUUCCGUUUUGACGCAUCGAUGGGUGGUGGUUCCAUGCAGCGCCAUGACGGGUGAGAACUUGGAGAAAGGCUUGGUUUGGGUGGUUCAAGACGCACGCGACCGGCUCUUCUUGUAUUGA